AUGAAAGACGCCACAACAUCUCCAAUCGACACAUCCCACCCGCCGCCGCCGCCCUACAGCGAAUCCGCGCCCGCCCACGCCUCGGCCGCCGCGCCUCCCCCGCCCCAAUCCCCUACAGCCGACACGCCACGACGCCGCAGCAGCAGUAGCAACGGCAGCCAGUACUCGACGCGCCACGAGCGCAUGGACGCGAACCGACCACCACCCCCGCCGACCCAAGACCGCGACGGCGGCGACCCCGGCGCGUGCUGCUCGUCGACGGGCGGGUGCUGCUUCAGCUCGCACGGCGGCUGCUGCUUCAGCGACCACGGGGCCUGCUGCUUCAGCGACAACGGCGGGUGCUGCUUCAGCAACAACGGGGGCUGCUGCUUCAGCGACCACGGCGGCGCGUGCUGCGGCAACGACGGCGGGUGCUGCUCGGGCGGGCCGCCGCGGGUGGGAUUGGGAGCGGGAGCAUACGACAAGUGCGGGCUGAUGAGGGGACAAGCCUUUGUCAUGGACAUGUGGCCUAGCCUGCUGACGAUGGUCUAG